GCCUUCAUUAAAAUAUCAAAUCGUUAAACCUAAUUCAUUCCUUUCGUGAUCACAAUGGCUUGUAAGGUCUCGCUUUCUUUGCUGACACUGGUCUUCGUCGUAUUUACGACUUUGUCCUCCUCUGCCGCUCUUCUCUCCACCUCCGAUUUUCGUUCUCCGCCGCCGACGUCGUAUCCCAAAGCCAUGUCGGAUUUGAAGGAGGCGAUUGUGAAGGGGUUAGGGUUUCAGGCGGAUGAUUUUAAGAUUUCGGGAUUUGAUAUGAGAGAUGCGUUGGUGGGCCGGUCGGUGGCUUACGAAUUCGACACUGAAAUAGAUAACCAGGUGCUGCCGUUCAAGUUGUUGGAGGAUGUGAAUCGAUGGGAGUAUGUGGAUUUGCCCAUUUUUAGAGUUGAGGAAGGAGGACCAGUUAGCCGUGGUGAUGAGAAUGGGAUAGUUAAGCAGAGUGUAAAGCCGGACAAUGGGUUGCCUGUUCUGGCUCCGUUUCAGCUUGCUGGACCCAUGGAGAUCUGGAUUCAGGAUGCUAAGGAUAUGCGCAUUUCGUUGCCGCACGAUGUGGAUGCUGGCGUCUUGAAGAAAGUAGUACUGGCAGAUGGUGCAGUGGUUACGGUUAAGGGUGCUAGAUCAGUUAGCCUACGCCACCCAGUUGAUCUCCCAUUGCCCUUCAACCGAAGUCAAAGUGGUUUCGCCUCUGGUCUUCUGGCCCUUGCUGAACAGCUUCGCCAUGCUUCUAGGACCCAAGGAGCUCCACUCCUAUCUCUUCGCAUUGUUGGUCCUACCUCCCUAGCAUCUCCAUCAUCAUCUUCUUCUUCUUCCAGUAACAGACUAAGGCUAAAACGCCUUGCCCCAGGCCUUGUGGAGUUAUCAUCAUUUGCAAAAUCACAGCCCGUUGAUGCCCUCUCUCCUCUUGAUUUGGAAGAAGCCGGAAGUGUCCUAACUCCUAAACAUUUCACUACAAUGUGGCCCCUCGCUUCUGUAAAUGGCUCAAAUGCAAAUUUGCUGGGUUUUGAGAAAUUGCUGGCAUCUGUGUUGGGUCCCAAGGCAAAUAAGAAAGGUUCAUUCAGGUUGUUAAAGGCAGAUGUGUCAGCUCAGACAUUUGUGAAGAUAGGAUUUGGGGUUGAAAAGAAGUUGAAAGAAGGGGAUGGGUUUGAUUGGCAGGGCUUUCCCGAGUGGAGGACAAAGCCUGAGUCAGUCAGGAUGCAUUUUGAGGUUCUGGCUAAGGUUGAUGGUGACAAGAUUGUACCAGAGAGGGUGAUGCAGGUUAACCCUGUGGUUGUGGAAGAUGCUGUGGCAUCUAAUGUGCUUGUGGGGAAUGUGACCAUGUCUAGGGUCCCUGUUGUGCACACACCUUCUAACCCCUUGACUCUGUAAAUGGUUGGAGCCUGGGAGUUGAGUUAAUUUUGCCCCAGUUAUCAAAGUGUGUAAACCUUUUUGCCUUUUCAUCUCAUUUAUAUGAUUGGUUGGAAGAGAUGUAAAUUGUAAAGCAAUUGUGCAUGCAUAUUAUAAAGGUUAUGAUUAUUUUUUUUCCAA